UGGUGGAAAGUAGGUUGAAAUCUGCCAACUGCCAGCUGGGCGGAUCCGAAAUAUUUAUAUUUUUUAAUAACUUAAAUUUAUACAUAUUAUAGCGUCGCUUUCAAAAAUUGCUUUAUUAUUAAUUGAUUAUUAAAAUUGUGAAAGUUUUUAGUUACAUAGCGAGCAUAAUAAUUAAUAUUUAAUGAGCGAGCCAGUGGCCGCAGUCACGCGCACGGGUCUCGCUGCUACUGAAGACGCAGCCAAGACAAAGUGGAUGAAGAAUGAAAUUGGCUGUGGAUCACACUUCUCCAUCGACUAAGCCGCAAAUUACAGACACGGAAGAGGUGAAAGAUAGCCCAAUCCCAUCACCUGACAUAUCACCUGACAUUCACGUACAUGGGAGUACUUCGCCUCCACCCAUAGAUUCGGAAUACUCUGAGAUCUCGACCAAAGGACCAGUUGUCGCCGAAGAGGGAGAGGGUCUGCCGACGCCCGACCAGGCUUUACUCGCCAAACUGGAGGAGGCCAACAGGAAGAUCGAGGCGGACUCAAAGUGCCCCUCGCUCAACGCAGCUAGCAGAAAGAACUCUGAAACAUCACUCGCAUCAGCAACCUCGAGUCAGGACGAUACGCGAGUGGCAGGCAGCAGCGAAGAAGAGAUAUGGAUUCUCUGGGGCAGAAUAGUCAGUAAUUGGGAGACCGAGUGGCGAAGACGCAACCAGUUUGUGAGAGAUCUGGUUAGAAGAGGUGUUCCACAUCACUUCCGAGGCAUCGUGUGGCAGCUAUUGGCCGGGGUCGAAUGCUCUCCGGAAAAAAAGCAGUAUGCCUCGUAUAUCAAGGCGAAGUCAGCGUGUGAAAAGGUCAUUAGGCGUGAUAUCGCGCGCACAUACCCGGAGCAUGACUUCUUCAAGGAAAAAGAUGGCUUAGGCCAAGAGGCUCUCUUCAAUGUGAUGAAGGCGUAUUCCCUCCAUGACAGGGAAGUGGGGUAUUGUCAAGGUUCAGGCUUCAUAGUUGGGCUUCUACUGAUGCAGAUGCCAGAGGAAGAGGCGUUUGCGGUUCUCGUGAAGAUUAUGCAGCAGCACAAAAUGCGGGACAUGUUCAAGCCAAGUAUGGCGGAACUCGGACUCUGCAUGUACCAAUUGGAAAACUUGUUGCAGGAAAUCUUACCUGAUUUACAUGUUCACUUUCAGUCACAGAGUUUCAGCACAUCGAUAUACGCCAGUAGCUGGUUCCUCACUCUUUUCACGACCAACCUGUCUCUGCCUUUGGCCUGUCGCAUCAUGGACGUAUUUCUCUCCGAAGGAAUAGAGGUGGUGUUUAAGGUUGCACUGGCGCUCUUAACGCUCGGAAAGGAACAUCUUCUGUCCUUGGACAUGGAAAACCUUCUCAAGUUCAUUCAAAAAGAAUUGCCGGUGAAAGCCGACGCAGACCACGAUGCAUUUAUGGAAUUGGCGUACUCCAUAAAAGUGAACCCGAAAAAGAUGAAGAAGCUCGAAAAAGAGUACACCGUGAUAAAAACAAAGGAACAGAGUGACAUCGCAGUUUUACGAUGCCUGCGGGAAGAGAACCGUAUCUUGAAGAAGCGCAUGCAAUUCCUCGAACAGGAGUGUUCGGAGUUGGCGGCUCGCUUGGUUCGGGGCCAAGUGGACCGAGCUCACGGAGAGGAAGAGACUUUUGCGCUAGAGAGAGAGCUCCACGCCCUGCGUUGUGCCAACCUUGAUGCUCAGCAGGCUUUGGCCGACGCUCACGAAGAGAUACGAUCCUUGGAAGUCACUCUGGCGGAGUGCAACUCCCGCCAAUCGUCCCUGGAGGGCGGGGAGGGGAGCGAGGGAGGCGAAGGUGGCUCCGGCGACAAGGAGGAACUGGCGCGGUGUCUGCAGCAGGAACUAGUGAGGGCUAAGCUGCAACUCGCCGAAAGAGAGGCGGCCGAGAGGGAACUGGCCGCGAGGUUGGCUGACUUGGAGAACGACAACAAGCUGCUGCGGAAGCAGACCGUCGACAACAACGUCGCACAUCUGCAGGACGAACUAAUAGCGGUGAAGUUGCGAGAGGCGGAAGCCAAUCUGUCCCUGAAAGAGUUGCGGCAGCGCGUCACCGAGCUCGCCGACGCGUGGCGGCGACAUCUGCAGGAACACCGGGCCGAGACGGCGGCGACGGCGGCGGCGCCUCCUUCGGUAGUGUCGGACCUCAUGGCCACGCCCAAGAAGUUGCUUCGCGCGUGGGAGGGUCGCGCCGCCGACGCCCACAGGCUGGAAGACGAGCUGAUGACCACCCGCAUUCGGGAAGUCGAAGCCCUCACCGAGCUCAAGGAGCUGAGACUCAAGGAAAUGGAGCUGAGCGCUCAGGUGCAGGUGUCGAGCAACCAAUUGCGUCGCCAGGAUGAGGAGGCGAGCGCUCUGAGAGAGGCCCUCGACGCAGCCCUGGCCCGUGAGAGGGCACUCAUCGCGAGGCAGCGCGAGUUCCAGCACAAGUACGAAGAUCUCGCGGGCAAGGCGAAAUACGAAUCGAUGCAGGCGUCGAUCAAGAACAUGGAGGUGUCUCAGCGGAUCGCCGAGCUGGAGAACGAGCUCUCCGAGUGUAAGAUGAAGACGGAGGUGAUGGCUGCGGAGGGGGAGCUCAGGAACCACAACUCGGACGAUUCGGAGCGAGUUCGAGAGCUGCAGGAGCAGGUCGCCGAGUUGCACGCCGAGGUUAUGAGAUUGGAGGCGUGGAAAGCGCGAGCCCAAGGGCGCGCGCCCGUCCGCGGCGUCUCGCCCGAGGAGGAGCCGGAGGAUGACGACGUACCGAAGCCCGCCCGUCGUAGGAGAUCAUCCUCCACAUCGCGGCCGCCUUCGGACGUGGAGGACACGUAACGUGACCGCCUCCGCCGCGGACGAUCCGGGUCCGUUUCAGCCUAAAAUCCGAAAGCCGACCGCGGACGGAUCGGGUCUCCACGUACUUAACUCCCUCGACGCGUGAAGCGACUCGUGUCGUUCGCUCCGAGACGAAGACUUCGUUUCGUCAUGUGUCACGUCAAUAUCGUAUUUAGCAUAGAUGUAAAGUAGGAUUUCGCUGUUAAAUCAUGUUUUUAUACGAAUCAAAUAUUUAUUUCGCGCAGGGAGACGCCUCUCUUCGAUAGUUUAUUUAACGUUAACUGUGGUAGAUCAGUAGUUUUUUCGCGUGAGCGGCGAGACUAGCAAAUGUGUAGUUAGGAUUAACGAAUUUAACUAUUUUGUACGAAGCGUUUGCGAUCUCUCUCUCUCUCAGUAUUUAUGUUUUACCUUUUACCUUAUAUGUAAGAGUCAAUUGUGGAUCCUUUUCUAGUGACGUUCGAAAUCGAAAUACAUGAUCAUAUUAACACGUCUGUUGUUUUUAAAUAUUUUAUAUUUUCUCGACCGAUCUCGAAGCUUCUCUUUAUAUGUAUAUCGAUUUCAGUCACCGUUUUGAAAGCAUUUGUCGCUUGCGACAUUGCACAUACAUUCCGUUCAGCUCAAAAGUUAAGUUAACGAACAUAAUAUUUAAGUUUAACAUUUGAAAAGUCUCCGUGUCGACGAGUCUUAUAUAGAAAUUAUUUAAUUUUUAAUUAAAUCACAUCAAUAAACUUACUAUUUGAAAAAA